AUGGAGCCCACAGGGGCGCGGUUAAGUUUGGAGGCGCCGGGACCAGCGCCCUUCGGAGAGCCCCCGCUGGUCGAGGAACUGUCCGUCCCGGGGGUCCUCUGCGUGCAGGGUGGCGGCGACGGCGGUGGCACUUCGGAGACCCCGAGUCCUGACGCUCAGCUAGGGGAUAGGCCCCUGUCCCCGAAGGAAGAGGCCGCCCUCCAGGAGCAGGAGGAGCUGCUGCAAUGCCGCCGCCGCUGCCGCGCGCGCUCCUUCUCCCUGCCCGCCGACCCCAUCCUGCAGGCGGCCAAGUUCCUGCAGCAGCAGCAGCAACAGGCAGUGGUGCUGGGCGGCGAGGGGGCGGAGGACGCGCCGCUCGGCCGGGGCGGCUGCUGCGCCAAGUGCAAGAAGCGGGUGCAGUUCGCGGACACGCUGGGGCUGACCCUGGCCAGCGUGAAGCACUUCAGCGAGGCGGAGGAGCCGCAGGUGCCGUCCGCAGUGCUCUCGCGCCUCCGAAGCUUCCCUAUGCGUGCUGAGGACCUGGAACUGCUGGCCGCCGCGGCAGCGGCCGCGCCCCUCUCAGCGCAGCCUUCCCGGCUCCGACCGCUCUUCCAGCUCCCGGGGCCGAGCGCCGCGGCCGAGCGCCUGCAGCGGCAGCGCGUGUGCCUGGAGCGCGUGCAGUGCUCGACGGCCUCGGGCGCGGAGGUGAAGGGCUCCGGCCGCGUGCUCAGCUGCCCUGGGCCCAGGGCCGUGACCGUGCGCUACACCUUUACCGAGUGGCGCUCCUUCCUGGACGUGCCAGCUGAGCUGCAGCCCGAGCCGCUGGAGCCACAGCCGCCAGAGGCGCAGUCGGGGGCCUCCGAGCCAGGUUCCGGGGAUGCCAAGAAAGAGCCAGGCGCCGAGUGCUUCCACUUCUCGCUGUGCCUGCCCCCGGGCCUGCAGCCUGAGGACGAAGAGCAAGCUGACGCGCGCGGCGUCGCGGUCCACUUCGCUGUCUGCUACCGCUGUGCGCAGGGCGAGUAUUGGGACAACAACGCGGGUGCCAACUACACGCUGCGCUACGCGCGCCCUGCGGACGCGCUCUGA